AGUGAAAAACAAAAAGAAACAAAUCUAGUGGAAACCAAAACACACGACAAAGUCUUGAAGUCUCCCUACUUGAAAAUUUUCAGUCUACCAAGCUCCAUUAGAAAUUUAGAACUCAACUACUCAUCACAGAUUAUAGAUCAAAGUACUCAUCUGCCUCAAAAGCUUGAUGAAGAAGCCUUUGAUCAUUUCAUCGUAACUCUCAACUUCAACCUCCCAUCAUUCCAAAAAAAAUUAAAAUGGCGAGAUUUUCUUGCGAUUUCAGAUGGCUUCUCCUCGUUGCUGCCGUCGCAUUUAUCUUCAUCCAGAUGCGGCUGUUUGCUACACAAUCGAAGUAUGCUGAUCGCCUGGCUGCUGCGGUUGAGGCGGAGAAUUAUUGUACAAGACAGACACGGUUAUAUAUUGAUCAAAUAAGCAUGCAACAAGGACAGAUUGUAGCAUUAAAAGAUGAGAAAAAGCGCCGAGAUGAAGAAACUGUCCACCUGAGAGCUCUCGUCCGAGAUCUUGAGAGAAAAGGUCUUCAAAGAUUGAAUGAGAAACUAGAGGUGCCAGUGGCAGCUGUUGUGGUGAUGGCCUGCAAUCGUGCUGAUUACUUGGAAAGAACUGUCAAUUCAAUAUUGAAAUAUCAUGGUUCUGUUGCAUCGAAGUACCCACUUUUUGUAUCCCAGGAUGGACCAGACUCAAAAGUCAAAAGCAAGGCACUGAGUUAUGAUCAAAUAACCUACAUGCAGCACUUGGAUUAUGAAGCUAUCCGUACAGAGAGACCUGGAGAAUUGAUUGCAUACUAUAAAAUUGCACGUCAUUAUAAGUGGGCACUGGACAAGUUGUUCUACAAGCACAAUUUCAGCAAAGUGGUCAUUCUUGAAGAUGACAUGGAGAUUGCCCCUGAUUUUUUUGAGUAUUUUGAGGCUGCAGCAGGUUUACUUGACAGAGACAGGUCAAUCAUGGCUGUUUCCUCCUGGAAUGAUAAUGGACAAAAGCAGUUUGUGCAUGACCCUUAUGUGCUUUAUCGAUCUGAUUUCUUUCCUGGGCUUGGAUGGAUGUUGUCGAAAGAGACAUGGGAUGAGUUAUCACCAAAGUGGCCCAAGGCUUAUUGGGAUGAUUGGUUAAGACUUAAAGAGAAUCACAAGGGUCGACAAUUUAUAAGACCAGAAGUCUGCAGAACGUAUAAUUUUGGUGAGCAUGGUUCCAGUCUAGGGCAGUUUUUCAGCCAAUAUCUUGCGCCAAUUAAACUCAAUGAUGUGAAUGUUAAGUGGAAGUCAAUGGAUUUAAGCUACCUGGUGGAGGACAACUAUUUGGAAUACUUUGCCAGCCUUGUGAAAAAGGCUAAACCAAUCCAUGGUGCUGAUGCUGUAGUGAAGGCCAAUGGUGUAGAUGGCGAUGUACGCAUCAAGUAUUCGGAUCAGCCAGAGUUUGAAAGCAUAGCCAGGCAGUUUGGUAUUUUUGAAGAAUGGAAGGAUGCUGUCCCCAGGGCAGCAUACAAGGGAGUAGUAGUUUUCAGAUACCAGACUACAAAGCGUGUCUUCCUUUAUGGACCAGAUUCACUACAGCAACUUAGGAUUGAGAAAACCUGAAUGUAUACAGGUUCGAGCCUACAACAAUUUACGAUUGUCCCCCCCCCCCCCCUCCCCCGGCCCUACCCGUUCCAAUUUGUAGGUCUCAUAACUUCAUAAGAGAAGUAACCAGGCAGAAAAAUUUAGAAAUGACUGAAAGAAGGGACAUUUGGAGUUUCAUCAUGUUGUAGUUUGGUAUAGUUUUUAAAUCUGUGUAAAUUAAUGUUUUUACUGUGAUGGCAUAGGUGAAAUCUCAUGUGACACUAAUUAACGAACAGUUUUGGUAAAUUCCACUCUCAUGUGAUGUCGUUCCAUGAUCUACUAAAGCACAUGCUUCGUUGUUCAGACUCGGCUACCUGUUGAACAGACACAACCAAAGUUGGACCCAAGUGACUCGUAAGAAGGUAGUGUAGGUCUCAAUUUACAGACCCUUGUAAUCCUGCUACUCUAUAUAAUUUGUACUUGCUUAUUUUUAAUACCAGGCGAUAGACUGUAUGGCAGAUAUGUUUAUGAAUGUGGCAAGACCGCAAGAGUGGCAUACUGGCAUAGUUUCAUGCUCAAGUGCAAAAUAUGGUUUGUAUGCAA